UCUGUAGUAAACACGUGUGUGGGCUGCAGUGUUACAGAGCAGAGCUGCCUGGAGCUGAGGACUUUAUUAUUAAUCACAGCUACAGAUUUUCUAUAAUACACAGAGAGAGAACCCCACAACCCUGAGAGAAUUCAGCUCAUAUCAGCUGUGGCUCACACCUUCACCCUGACCUCGGCAGGUGAAAGCCCUGGUAAACAGCAGCAUGGCUCAGAGGUGGAGCGGAGUCCACGCUUCCCCUGUGCUGUGUGUUGGUGCUGCAGGGGGACCUGAUGGUUUGCUGGCCUCUGGUGCUGAAGGGGGUGAAGUGGCUGUUUGGAAUCAGGAGGGGCAGCCUCUGGCUCAGCUUCGUCUCAGCGGUGAGGAGGACGUCACCUGCACAGCUUUCUCCCCGACGGCUCCAGGGUUGCUCUACGUGUCUCACGGGGAGACGGUCAGCGUCCUGGACCCUCGGAACCUCGCCGGGCCUGUAGAGGAGCUAAAGAACGUUGGAGAGGAUGAGAUUAAUUCCCUGUCGGUGAACGAGACGGGCACCUCUCUGGCUCUGGGGGACGAUUCGGGGGCCGUGAGGGUGUUGGAUCUGCAGACGGGUAAAGUCAGCCGGACGCUGCGCAAACACACCAACAUCUGCUCUUCAAUAUCCUUCCGGCCACAGAGACCGCAGAGCCUUGUGUCUGCAGGACUGGACAUGCAGGUGAUGCUGUGGAACCUGCAGAAGGCUCGGCCGGUGUGGACCUACAGCCUGCAGGAGGCAGCCGAGGAAGAGGACGGCCACCAGCAGAGGGCAGGUCAGAUGUUUAACCCUCCGCUUGCCCACUGCAUCAGCGCGGCGUCCUGCGGGAACGUGCUGGCGUGCGCCGCCGAGGACGGCCGUGUUCACCUCACACGCGUGGGCUCGGGGUCCAGGCACGAGCAGCAGGGAGGGAUAAAAGCCCACAGCCAGGGGGCGUCUCAGGCCCACUUCCUCAGCUUCCUACCCCACCCUUACUGGCUGGCCACUGGGGGUAACGACGGAGUGGUGGCACUGUGGGAUCUAAGCGAACACCCCCUGGUGGCUGGAGAAGGAAAAGGUCAGGGGUCCAAGACUAAAGCAGCACCAGCCCAUCGCCGGAAGCCCAAAAGCAAAGCUAAGUCUAAGUCUCAGAACCAGAGAGAUGCCCAGGCUGAAGAAGAAAAGACAGAAAAGCAGCAAAGUGAGGAGAACCUUUCAGGAGAGGCCAGCGGUGUAGAUCCAAAUCAGGAGAAGAGCACAAAGACUGGACCCAAGCUUAAGUUCAGCCACGAGGACAAGGUGAACUGGGUGUGUCCAGUUAUGCUAAAGGGCCAGCCUAGCCUUGUAGUAGCUGACCAGAGCUCCAGCUUAUCUGUGUACUCUCUGGCUGGGCUAUAGCCCAUCAGCCAUCAGCCUGUGAAACUUUUGAACUUAGAUUUAUUUAAGUUUUUUAAUAGAUUUAUUUAUUUUUUUGUGUGGAUAUUUUUCUUGAUGGUGCUGGGAGGACGUGUGGAAUGCGUGACUGCAAAGGACUGACCCUGCUUUUGUGGCAAACUGCUAUUGAUGAUGUCAUAUCAUAACAUAAAAAACGUUAGCAUAUAUAUAUAUAGUAUAUAUUUUAGACCAAUCCUAUUGGUCUGUUCCUCUUGAGAUGUUCAGAAGUGUAAAGAACAACUGUUCUUUCUUCACACAAUGUAGAAAAAUAAAAGUUUUGCUACAUA